CUUAACUGUCAACUGGUGUGUUAAAAAAUUAAUUUUUACUUUUAAAUGCUGAAAUUGUUGUAAGUUAACCUCGAGAGGAUAGUAUUUUGAUUUGCUAUUUUAAUAAAUCGAAAUGGAAAAAACAGCACAAGAAUUAGUUGAACAAGAUUUGGUUGAAGAAGGGCAGUUUGUUGUAGAUGAUGUGAGCAAGAUAAUUAAGGAUGCUAUUGAAUCGGUAAUUGGAGGUAAUGGAUAUCAACAAAAUAAAGUAAAUGGAUGGACUACUGCAGUAGUGGAGGCAUGCACAUCAGAGUUGACAAAAUUAAUGAAACCCUACAAAUAUAUUGUAACUUGUACAAUAAUGCAAAAAAAUGGGGCUGGAUUGCACACUGCCAGUUCAUGUUAUUGGGAUAACACAACAGAUGGAAGUUGUACUGUACGCUGGGAAAAUAAAUCAAUGUUUUGUAUUGUGUCUGUCUACGGCUUAGCUAUUUAAAUUACAUUCAAUGCCUGGAUAGAUUUGCCUUAAUAUUAGUAUUAAUUUAUAUACCUAACUAUGAUAAAAAUGUACUUAUAAGUUUAUUAAUUUAGUAAAUGUAACUUUUAAAGUG